UCGAUAACGGCACGUCGUACGUCGCAGAAAUGACAGCACGUACAGCUUUGUCCAACUGUUGCACGGCGGAGGGAGCCAUUACACCCACUCACAGGCGCUUUAAUUUGUCAAGAGUAUAAUACAAACAAAAUAAUAAUUUAAAAAAAUGUUGUUCAACCCAACCGGUUUCGCCGAAUGCUUACAAGAAUGGGGGGACUUGGAGAAGGACUACCAGCAAGUUCAGGAGACGCAUCGGCUAUAUAAACAGAAACUUGAGGAGGUAACCAGAUUGCAAAACAACUGUUCCGGUGCCAUUGCACGUCAGAGAAAGAAGCUGAAAGAACUUGCUGCGUCGCUGAAAGAAUGCAAAGAAAGACAUGGAACAGAAAAAUUAAGUCCAGAGGAAAUGAGUGCCUUAGAUGAAGUCCAGGAUGCGAUCAAGGACAGGCCGAAUGUCUUCCUCGAGAUGGAAGCUUUCUUGCCAAAGAAGAACGGGUUAUACCUCACACUUGUCCUAGGGAACGUCAAUGUGACACUCCUAAAUAAACAAUCCAAAUUUGCCUACAAAGAUGAAUAUGAGAAGUUUAAAUUAGUGGUCACAGUCAUCAUCUUCCUGAUCUCCUUCUGUUGUGUUUUGUUAAGCUACAGAGUCUUAGAUGCCCUGUUUAACUUCCUGCUAGUGUGGUACUACUGUACACUAACUAUCCGUGAGAGCAUCCUCAUCAGCAACGGCUCAAGGAUCAAGGGCUGGUGGGUCUUUCAUCACUAUGUGUCAACUUUCCUAUCUGGUGUCAUGCUCACUUGGCCUGAAGGUGCUCUUUACCAGAUGUUUAGGAAUCAGUUUCUAACAUACUCCUUAUACCAAAGCUUUGUCCAGUUUCUACAGUACUACUACCAGAGUGGCUGUCUGUACAGGCUCAGAGCAUUGGGAGAAAGACAUAAUAUGGACUUGACUGUUGAGGGUUUCCAGUCCUGGAUGUGGAGAGGUUUGACCUUUCUACUCCCCUUUCUGUUCUUCGGUCAUUUCUGGCAGCUCUACAAUGGCACAACGCUCUUCAGAAUGGCCCAGCUUCCUGAAUGUAAAGAAUGGCAGGUGGUGAUGUGCGGCUGUUCCUACCUGAUGCUCUUCAUGGGGAACUUCUUUACCACACUGGGAGUGGUUUACCAGAAGUACAUGAACAACAGGGACAAGUCCAAGAACCUCUAAGUCUGAAACAGUCAAACAUGGAAUGUGGAAUGUACAAUUUCACUUGGGUUCAUUCUCAAGCUAUAAGUCGAUUUAAUGAAAGUUGUCCUUCAGAAUCGUGUCGCUCUGAUGCUCCUCUUUGUUUUAUAUGUCCUGGUAAUUUCAAAGCACUUUCAAAGUCAUUUGUUUGUACAAAAAAAGGCCAUCACAACAUGCUAUACUAAAAGCUAAUGGAGAUGACUAAUAAAAAAACACAAUAAACGGGUCUCACCUGGUACGA